AUGAUUUUGCAUUUCUGGGGGGUAGAACUGUUUAUAACCAAAAAAGUUCUCUCCCCUGUCAGUUUCUGCACACUGCUUUGCAUGGCUGUGCAUAGCACAGCCAUGCAAAGCAGUGUGCUUACAGUGAAGCACAAACACAGCCCAGUAUGUAAAACAGCAUAAGGCACACAGAUAACUCUUUGAUCACCCCAGAUGUUAACCCCUUCCUGCCCAGUACAGUGUCAGUGCUUUAUAUUACCGCUGAUCGCUGUAUUGAUGUCACUGGGGAUGUCAGUGACACCAAGUUAGUUCCCCCCAGUGUCAGAAUGCCUGCUGCAGUCCUGCUAUAA